UGCAUAUACAACCCACAAAUCUCUCAAGGCCAUACUAUUAUAACACAGAAAAAUUACAAUGGUCCUUGUGAAGAAGCUCGUUGAUGAGGUCUCUGGCUGGCUCAGAGUCUACGACGACGGCUCCGUCGACCGGACAUGGACCGGCCCACCGGAGGUCAAGUUCAUGGCCGAGCCGGUACCACCACACGACGAUUUCAUCGAGGGCGUCGCGGUCCGAGACGUCGUCGCGGACCGAAAAUCCGGCCUCCGGGUCCGAAUCUAUCUCCCUGAGAAGAACCCCGGCGAGGAGAAAACAAACUUUCCGAUCAUUCUUCACUUCCAUGGCGGCGGCUUCUGCAUCAGUGAAGCAGAUUGGUUCAUGUACUACUACAUUUACGCCCGCCUCGCCCGCGCUGCCCGGGCCGUCAUCGUUUCGGCCUACCUGCGCAGAGCACCGGAGCACCGCCUUCCCGCGGCAGCGGACGACGGAUACUCCGCCCUUCUCUGGCUGCGCUCCCUGGCGAAAUCCGGAGAGUCCAGCGACCUCGGGGACGUGGACUUCAACCGUGUUUUCCUCAUCGGGGACAGCUCCGGCGGGAAUUUAGUCCACGAGGUGGCGGCCCGUGCCGGGAAGGAGGACAUCAGCCCGGUUCGAGUCGCGGGGGCGAUUCCUAUCCACCCGGGGUUCGUCCGUUCGGAGAGGAGCAAGUCCGAGAAGGAACAGCCGCAGUCGCCGUUCCUAACCCUAGACAUGGUGGACAAGUUCCUGAGCCUCUCCUUACCAGUUGGGUGCACGAAAGACCACCCGUUUACUUGCCCGAUGGGGGCGGCGGCACCGCCACUGGAGGAGCUGAGGCUGCCGCCAAUGCUACUGUGCAUUGCGGAGAAGGAUUUGAUCAAAGACACGGAGAUGGAGUAUUAUGAGGCCAUGAGGAAGGCCGAAAAAGACGUGGAGCUUCUGAUUAGCCAUGGAAUGACUCACAGCUUUUAUCUGAACAAGAUUGCCGUAGAUAUGGACACUAACACUGCCGCACAAACUGAUGCACUAUUCUCUGCAAUCAUAGAGUUCAUCAAGAAGCAUUGAAAGAUACAAGUUUUUAUGUGAUAAAUUCGAUAUGUUAAAGUUUUCAUGUAGCAAGUUGAUAAUGAUAAACUAAAUCUUAUUCUGUGUUAUUUUGAAUAAUUAAUUCUCGUCCGUAAGAA